GAAAAGGAGCGAGAGAGAAAGAGAGCAGAGGAGCUUAGAGAAGGGAUCUGCAUUGUAAGUAGCUCUGAGAGCAGCAAGUGGUGGCUGUUUUUCAACCUGUUUUUGUUUUCCAGAGGAGGUGGUGAACAAGAAGGAGAAGAACCAGGCAGAAAAGCACAAAUCUGAAAAGUCUAAGCUGAGUUUCACAAGAAAUACAAACAGAGAGCAGAACAGGGGGGAGCGAAGCCGGGAGGAACACAAGGCAGCAAUGGAUAGCAGAGUGGCUCAGCCUGACCCUGGGAUGGCAUGGAUUCACACACAGCUGCUGGCCACCGUCCAGCACACACACUAGGCUGCUAACACCGAUGAGCUCCCAUGUGUUCGUUCAGCCAUGCUUCCUGGGUAUGGAUUCUCACCUUUUCCUGAUUUCCAACCCCACCUUCACGCUUUCCGCUGCCGAGGAGAGAGUCCUAGCAUGUGGAUCCCUGGCUCAGGGGAGUCCCAGGCUCUGAGCGAGGCCCAGGAGGACAGGCCUCUCCUGCACCCCUGCCACCACAAGCACGUCGCUGUGUGCCAGCAGGAAACAUUGGCUUUUAUUGAGCUACAACCACCAGUGACUCCUAAACUUAACAGUCUUGGCUCUCAGAGGCCAACUGUUAUUCCAGAAGCACAAUGCACAACACACUCCCUGCCCCUGAAUGGUUUCAGACACACACUUAAUGAACUAAAUGACAUGCAGAACGGCUGCCACAGGACAGACAAUGAGCACGUAGCACUGUUAAAUUUGAACUCUCAUACACUUGCGGGUGACUGUGAGCUUGAAUGCCAUAAUGGCAUCAGGACUUCUUUGCAUGAGCAGACUGAAAAACCUCGUACUGUCACAACAGUAUGUCGUCCACAUCACGCAGCUCUUAGCCUCCCUCUGCCGUUCCCUCUGUCCUCUCUAUACACAAACCGAGACUCCUGGGAAUCUCAGAUACCUUGCUCCCCAUCCUCACCUACAGGUCCUGGGUUUCAGAGCCCAGACUCCUGCCGGCUUCAGAGGAGGACAUCACAGGGUUCACUGAAAGAGAAGUCUAUCCGGCGAAAGAUGCAGGUUUAUUCCCCAGACAGCCAGAGCGAUGAAUCUCUCAGCAGCCCAAUCCUUGACGCAGACUACAUCUUCCCAGGACCUUUUGCAUCUUUCCUGGAGGAGGACCUCAGUGGAGUAUCUUCCCUGGAGGCCCUUUCAAGCCCCUCAUCCACAGACGGUCUUACAGAUCUGCCAAACCUUGGUCACGAUGAUAUUUUUAAUCUACCUGCAGAACCACUGCAGAUAAUAGAGGACCCAGUGCCAGUGGUGGGGGAGGACAGUGGGAGUGUAGAGACUUCAAGUGCCACAGGGGGGAGUUUUUUGUCACGCGUCGGUCGUCAUGGGGAUCAAGAACGGCGGCGUUUCUCAGCUUCAGAACUGAUAUCUAGACUGCAGCUGUCUCAGAGGAAGAACUCCUUCACCUUGAAGCUGGGGAAGUCGCUGUCUGCACGGGUAGCCUCCAGGGACAGACAGAGCUCCAACAGCCUCAGCCCCAACACUGACUAUAAAUCCAACUCCAAGCACCGCAGCUCAGGAGGCUCUAGUGAUAGCGCCCCCCACAGUCCUGUAGGACCUGCACCUACUCUGCCCAGCAGUGACAAUGGCAUGCCUUUGCAUCGGUGGAGCACAAAACUCGGAAUGCGAAAGAAAUCCAUAGAGGAGGACUUAUGCACGCUUCCAACUGUUGCUAGUUCGAAUCGCUUAUCACGGUUUUUGCCUAGUUCGAUUCUGUACCAGGAAUACAGCGACGUCGCCAUCAACAGAGAGAUCCAGAGGCAGCAAGGGAAGGAGCCAGGCACAGAGGAGGAGGGGCUCAGGGAUGAGGGGUCAGACGGGACCCCAUCUCCUUCUAAUCUUUCUCCAUCCAGCUCCUUUCGCUCAUCACGAGGCUCUGCUUUUGCACUGUGGCAGGACAUCCCCGAUGUUCGAACCAGCGGCCAGCUCGACAACUUCAGCAACGAGGAACGGAAAUUACAGGAGGCAAAGUUUGAGCUGGUGACGUCUGAGGCGUCAUACAUUCGUAGUUUGACGAUCGCAGUGGACCACUUCAUGUUGUCGCAGGAGCUCGCCGAGUGUCUCGGAGCUCAGGAUAAGCAGUGGCUCUUCUCCAAGCUGCCUGAAGUCAAAGGUGUCAGUGAGAGGUUUCUUCAGGACCUGGAGCACAGGCUGGAGGAAGACAUUCUGCGUUUUGAUGUGUGCGACAUCGUCUUGGAACACUGCCCGGCUCUGCGAAGGGUAUAUUUACCUUAUGUAACCAACCAGGCAUACCAGGAGCAGACCUACCAGCGUUUGCUGCACGAGAACCCUCGUUUCCCCGGCAUCCUGGCUCGUUUGGAGGAAGACGCCAUCUGCCAAAGACUUCCUCUGACCUCUUUUCUAAUCCUCCCAUUUCAGAGGAUCACACGGCUCAAAAUGCUGGUGGAGAACAUCUUAAAGAGGACGACACCAGGCUCCCGAGAUGAGGACACUGCCACGAAAGCUUUCAAUGAGCUAAAAAAGAUCAUCAAAGAAUGUAACUCCAGUGUGCAGUCAAUGAAGAGGAUGGAGGAACUUAUUCACCUCAAUAAGAAAAUCAAAUUUGAGGGAAAGAUCUUUCCUCUGAUCUCUCAGUCCCGCUGGCUGGUAAAACAUGGUGAACUCCUGGAAGUGGACACUCAGACGAUGAGUAUUUCGGGAUCAAAGCUCAAGUUGCCCACCAAGCCGGUGUACCUCCACCUGUUCAAUGACUGUCUCCUGCUGUCCAGGAGGAAGGAUACGUGGAAGUUCAUGGUGUUUGUACACGCCAAGAUAGGACAGCUGAAAGUGAAGGACCUCAGUCAGAAGCUGCAGGGCAUCUCAGGCUUCAUCUUCCACCUGCAGCUGUGUGAAGGCCAGCAGCUCAAACACCAGAUCCUGCUCAAGUCACACACUGAGAGCGGGAAGCAGAGAUGGAUCACAGCCAUGUUUCCAUCUGAUCCACGUGAAGACAUCGAGCAAGCCAGUGAGAAUGAUGAUAUAUCCCAGGUUCAGUGCAUCAAAAGCUAUCAGGCCCAGGAGCACGAUGAGUUAACACUGGAGAAGGCCGACAUUCUUCACGCUAAGACCAUUACAAGUGAUGGCUGGGUGGAGGGCAUCAGACUGUCUGACGGGGAACGGGGCUGGUUCCCCAAAACCUACGUGGAGGAAAUCACAAGUCGCAGCGCUCGCCUCCGCAACCUCCGAGAAAAUAUCCGCAUCAAAUGUGUCACGCAGAAAUUGGAGGGGGAAGACUAACCACUUUACUGCAAUUGGUUGUGUAUCAAAGGUGCAUUUCAUUUGUUAGUUGCAUUUUUAAGCUUCUGGAUUAUUGUUUUAAUUUUAGAUGCAUGUGGGACCUAUGUUGUAGUAUGCAGGUGCUAAAACAAGACAAGGUUUUUGACUGUAUGAGUAGCUAGCUUCAAAUACAGUCAGCUUUUAAUGCUCCUGUACAUUUGAGUCUGUCGACAAACAUUUUUAACAGUUUUUGUAACUGAAGUUACUUUUUGUAAAGCAAUCACUUCAUGCAUGCUUUCUGUGAAUGCAAUCCAUAACCAUUUUAAAGUCUGAGAAACACAUGCACAUUUACUAGCACAGGUAGUAAUUGUAAUCAUAUCAAAAGGUAAAUGUGUACAUUUCUUUGUUCUUGCCAGAGGAGAAUGUCACUAAAUUUCUUUCUGUCUCAUGUGGCCAAAUGCCCUCUUAGAACGUAUGCAACUCAGCUGAGUUAUAUGAGGUGCAGGAGAUUCAUUGAUGUAAUGUUACAACAUCAGAAAGUCGCUCGAGGCAGAUCCUUCUACUGAGCUGCGUUAGGACACAUCAGAGGCCUUUUAUCUUUUGUUUUUGUUCACACUGAGUGCUGCUUUAAUGUCAGAAGGCAGAUGAUAAGUUGCCAUGUUGUGUAGUCCAUUUGUUCAACUAAAAUGUACACUGGUGGUAAUGAGAAGAAAUGAAUGCCUGAUGUGUUUUCCAUCCAAUUUCUGAUUCUGAUACACUACAGUGCAUCAGUGUGCUACAGUUCAUUCAUCAUGUGUUAAAAGAUGUGCAUUGUUUAAACAUCCUUGCCUCUUUUUUAAGAGGACACCCUGCCUGUACGCAUUGUAUAUGAUCUGUAGUAACAAUUUGGAUGGUUGUCCAGACGAGGCAACUGCCGAACAGUGGUUAGGUGAUUUCGCACAACUACUGUAACAUAUAUGAAGGACAGACUUUUCACAUGGCCACACUACACCAAUACUUUUUUUCUGUUAGUGCCCUAAUCUGAUUAAAGGAUUAGGCUGACUAUAUUCUAUAUUUUUAUAAUUGUCAACAAAUCCCUCGAAUAGACCAAAACCAGCAAUUCAUUUAUCCUAAAUCUGUGGCCAAAGUCUGAUAGAUAUUCUUUCUCUGUGCCACGGAGCCACACUGUUACACUGGGUUACAUGUUCCUUCAUUACCAUGAACACACACACACACACACACACACACACACACACACACACACACACACACACACACACACACACACACACACAUUACACACACACACACACACACACACUGUAGUUGAUCCCACAUACACCAUCCUACUGAUGUAAAUACUGACUAGAGCAUUAAAUGUGUAUUAAUCCACAGCUGAAAAUAGUCCCCAACAAAUGCACUAUUUACUCCUGUUCGAGUAACAUUUGUUAAAAACGACUGAUUUAGGCAAUGAUUUAGCCUUUAUUAAAUAUUGAAACUAUAUAUUUGUGACUAAUUUUAUAGUUUUCUGUUGUCAGUAGGAACAAGCUGGGCUUGAGGCUGAGCUCCACAGAUAGGGUAGGCAGGUCAGACAUUGUUGGUUUUGUUCCUUUCAUGGCAUUUGUUGACAGCAAGGAAAAUA